UGCAAACACGUGGGUUGACCAUUCUGCGUUUGGUUUUGUGUUUAGGGGGAGUGAUCAGAGAGGAAAUCACUUGUCCUGUCUGCCCAUCCUGUUGCAAAAGUGCACCGUCUUGUGUGUGUGUUGUGUGUGCGUGGUGUGCGUCUGUUUGGAGUCAGAGCCGGUUCAAACAUGAAGAGAAGCAAGAAAGAAGAUGGAGCAGCUGAGGGAGAGAACGGUUCAGCAAAGAAAGCGAAGCCGGCGAAGGAGCCCGAAGCCCCGAUCCUGUAUGACGAUCCUCCAGACAAACUGAGCAGCCAAGACGGGAAAGACGCCAACCUGAAGAUCACCUCCUGGAACGUGGACGGGCUUCGUGCUUGGGUCAAGAAGAAGGGGCUUGAUUGGGUGCGUGAGGAGUCCCCAGACAUCCUGUGCCUUCAGGAGACUAAAUGUGCACAGAAGGACCUGCCUAAAGACAUCACGGAGAUGGAGGAGUAUCCACACAAAUACUGGGCCACGUCAGAGGAGAACACAGGCUACAGCGGAGUGGCCAUGCUCUGCAAGAAAGAGCCGAUCAAAGUCACAUACGGCAUUGGCAAAGAAGAGCACGACAAAGAGGGGCGGGUCAUCACUGCAGAAUUCCCAGAGUACUACCUGGUCACCGCCUACGUCCCAAACGCCGGAAAGGGACUGGUCCGUCUCGAUUACCGCAAAACCUGGGACGAGGAUUUCAAGGCUUACCUCAGCGACCUGGACAAGCAAAAGCCACUGAUUCUGUGCGGCGAUCUCAACGUCGCUCACCAAGAAAUCGACAUAAAAAACCCCAAAGGAAAUAAGAAAAAUGCAGGUUUCACGCCAGAGGAGAGAGAAGGGUUCAGUCAGUUGUUAGCAGCUGGGUUUGUUGAUAGUUUUCGGGAGUUGUACCCAGAACAGCAGUACGCGUACACAUUUUGGACCUAUAUGAUGAAUGCUAGGGGUAAAAAUGUUGGAUGGAGGCUGGAUUAUUUCGUGUUGUCGUCUGCGUUGAUGCCGAAUCUGUGUGACAGCAAGAUACGAACCAAGGCUAUGGGAAGUGAUCACUGCCCCAUUACUUUGCAUUUGGCCAUUUAGGUUAACAGCUUCAGCCAGUCUUAGGUAGUUUUCUGGGUCUUGUCAUUUCAAAAAGUUGAGCUCAAAAUGAUGCUUACUCUAGUUUAGCUGAAUUGGAGGCAUAGUUAAAUUUGUUAAUCUGUUGUGUGUAAACAGAAUCACAAAAAAACAACAACUCUGGACUAAAUCAUGACUAAACUAGGAAAGGUCAAACUCUACUUUUUAAAUAUGUAACUUUUCUGGCAGAAGGUCCAUUGCCAUCUUGUCUCCAUGGAGAUAUUACUGGCUGUAAAUUUCCACACUAGGGCAUUAAACUUUCUUGCACUUAUCCAGUUACAGAUUCUUAUAGCUAAAAACAGGACUAAAGACUAAAGACUCAAACAAGACUAAAGACUCAAACAGGACUAAAGACUCAAACAGGACUAAAGACUCAAACAGGACUCAAACAAGACUCAAACAAGACUCAAACAAGACUCAAACAAGACUCAAACAAGACUCAAACAAGACAGGACCCAAACAGGACCCAAACAAGACUCACUGUCGGGAUGGGCCCAGAGGUGCGCCCACGUAGACUGCUAGGUGACCGCAGACGAAGGGCCGGUGACAAUCUCCGCGUCCCAGGGAGGUAAACGUAGCUGUCGCCCAAUCGCACUUUGCGGACAUCUGGCUCAGGGUUCUCCCUCUCUUAAAUCCAAGAUUAGUCCUGGCUUAGACCUGGCUUAGACCUGGCUUAGACCUGGCUUAGACCUGGCUUAGACCUGGCUUAGACCUGGCUUAGACCUGAUGUAGUCCUAAUGUAGUCCUAAUGUAGUCCCGACUUAGUCCCGACUUAGUCCCGACUUAGUCCCGACUUAGUCCCGACUUAGUCCUGACCCGCCUGUAAAAUUCCAGAAUGUUAAAACCUGCCCAAGUGCAGGACUCUGAAGUGUGCUCUCCUCUGUAAAUUGGCCUGUUGCUGUCAUCUGCUGUCUCCGUGGAGAUAGUUCAGAAAAGUUACAUAGUGCAACUUUUAAAGCAGGACCAAAACAUGUAGAGUAACUUUAUGGACAUCAUUUAACCAACAAAAGUCUAGAAACACAAAAGAAUGGAAUAGUACUAGCCACUGUUUAUACUUACUGUAAAACAAAGCACCGUUCUAGGUAUUUGCAGUUUUAUUUUUUACUGUGUCAUAGUUACUUUCUAAAUAUACAGUUACACAGUAUUUUUGACUGUCUUGCUUUCGUUUUUGUUACUUAUUUGCACGUUUAGAAUUGGAUUUUGGUCUCUUUUUGGGCAUACAUUUCUCAGCUUAAAGGUACAUUGCGUAGAUUUUCUGGUCAAAUGAUUUUCUGAAGGGAAAUGUUUUUGCUUUGUCUGGAAUGUUUCACAAUAUGGCAUUAAACAUCUUCAUGGAAACCAAACCAGACCAAGUUACAGGUCAGAUCUGUGGAGAGGAAACCCCGCUCACAGUCAGAAUCUCUGUUUUUCAAGGUAAUUUUGAGCUAUAAAACCAUCUGUUAGUGAAUAAAUGUAAAUUAGAGCUGUUUAAUGUCACACUGUGGAACAUUCCAGGCAGAGCAAUGACGUAUCCAUAGAAACGGCCAACCAAAAAGUUACACAAUCCUUCAACUGCGCAUAAGCAGCAAGAGUAUGAAUACAUUUUUGCUUAACUUUUUAAAACGCAUUGAACCUAGAUCCAUGUAAAACUUUUAUUAACAUUCUGAAUAUUUUGUCUGUAAAUGAUGUAACUUUCCCAACACUAAAACGUAAAAAAUGUGUAAGCUUUC